AUGUCUGUUUCCACCAAUAAUCCACCCAGAACUGGUGGUGGCGCUGGACAAAGCGGCGGCGAUGAUGACGAUAACGACGCCGGUGUUAGUGGUAGGUGUGAGGAGAUGGAUGAUUCAGAAGAGGAAAAUGAUCAAAGUAAGAAGAUAAAGGGGAAAACGGUAUCUUGUUUUCGGUUUAGGAAGGUUAAAGGGACGUUUUUGAGGAGGAAACAGAAAGGGGUUUCUGUAAAUUCGGAGAGAAGAAGGGAAUUAUAUGGAGGAGGAGGAGGAUGUUAUUUGUGCUUGAAGAAACCGCUGACUUCUGAUUCAGGUGGUGAGUCACAGACUAGUGAUCCUAAUAGCCCCACGUUUACUUAUGAGAUGCUUCGAGUUUUUAUUGAAAAGAAUGAUUUUUAUUCCAAAGAAUGCAAUCCCCAUUUGGAUGUAGUAGAAUCUAAGCCUUGCUCUAUUCAAAAUGAUAAAUGA